AUGGUCGGUGUACCUGGUAAAAGUAAAGGUUGCUCUACUUGUCGUCGCCGGAAGAAGGGUUGUGACCAGAAACGUCCUGUCUGUGGUCAGUGUGCUGCUGGAGGCUAUGUUUGUGGAGGUUAUCAACGAGAUCGCACAUUCAUUCAGCAUCCAGCAACAAAGGGUGCAGAAAAGAGCUUUUACAUACCCUACAUCCGGGUCAGCCCUUCCUCGCUUACACAGUCCUUGGACCAAGCCGCCAUAACUCGUCAAUGCCGAGGUCUUUUUUGGAAUCUUUACAUGCCACACGGCGACUGCAUUGUCAAGGAUGAAUUCAUCCUGAAGUGUGGUCAUCCUAUGAAUUGGACCGAAGUAGUCAACGAGCUGCCCAACGAAGAAUCCUGUCUAGAGUCUGCUUUCUCUGCUCUGACCAUUUCAAGGGUAGGCAAAGACAGUCAGGAUGAUCGGCUGGUUCAAGAAAGCACCAAACUCUAUGGUCGAGCGUUGAAGGAGAUGCAACUUGCUUUGUACGACACGGAUCGGAUGCACUCGGACGAGGUUCUCACAGCCAGCAUGUUGUUGGGCCUCUAUGAGAAUUUCGAGGGCUCGACGCUGAAGUCUCGGAGCUGGCUGAGCCACGCGCAGGGAGCUGCCCACCUCAUUGAAUUGCGUGGUCCGGAGCGUCACCGGAAUCGCCAGGCACAUCACGUUUUCCUCGGCUCCAGAGUGCCUACCAUUUAUGCUGCCAUAUUACAGAGGCAAGCCACAUACCUUGCUGCCACAGCGUGGAAAACAAUACCGUGGGAGAACCAGCACCGGACCUAUAUCGACCGUUUAGUCGACACCACUACUGCUAUUCCAGCCUAUCUCGAAGACCUUGAUACGCUGUGCACCGGCACAGCCGAUCCCAAAACCUAUCUUCAGAAGACGGAACUCAUGCACAAUUUGGCUCAGACACAAAGAAUGAUGGACGUAUGGAAGGGUUGUGUCAAAGCUGAUGCACUGCCAAUAGAGAAAGUGCAUAUCACCGGUGGCACUGAUGACCGAUAUCCUUUUGAGGUGGAGAUGCAUUUCGACAAUCACCUCUUCAUGAACGCGCAUGCCAUCUACUACUGCUGCUCCCUGGUAGUCGCGGAAGCUGCAGAAUUGCUUUUCGCUGAUCUGGCUCUCUACGAUCUUGCUGGCGUUUUGAGAGAUCCAGCUAUCUGGAAAUUGACCAGUCUAUUCGAUGCAAGAAGACAUGCCACCUCCAUUGCUUCAAUGAUACCAUACUGCAUUCAACCAGAUAUGGGUGCGCUGGGAGGUAUCAUCAUCAACUUCCCCGCCAACCUAGCUUUGCAUUACUUCCGCAAAAUUGGGGACUACCGAGUGACUACCUGGUUGACAGAUGCCUUUCACGAAAUGGGCAUCCGCGGUCUGACCAACUCUCCACACGCAACUAGCAAACACGAGCGAAGAAUAUCAGAAAUCGAAACACGACUAAGAGGCGCAAAGAGGCCCAGCCCUGGUGCGAGAAGUGACUCAUCAGAGGAAUCUAGCGAGGGAGGCUCCUCUCCCACUUCGACAGCAGCUAAACGCACAGCCGUCGUGGUCAGAUUCGUUCACGAAGACCCAGCUCGGUAUUAUGCCGACUCAGGCGGCGAAAGCAGUUGA